AUGGCCACAAACAAGAACCGGAACACUGUUCGGGCUCGCAAUGUGUCCUCGAAGACGACUGCCGAACGCCUACAAACUAUCAUCUUACGUCAAUUUGAGCCCACAGAGAAGGCUACUAUAACGUUCGAGAUCACUCUUGCACCUACAUGCACCGACAAUGGACGGACUCAAACAGCAAUCAUCAAGUUCAGGCCGUCCAUGCCUAGAUUUCUCAACGGACUUAGCCAGAAAAGAGUCCAGAUCACGGGAGAUCAUAACGAGGACAUAGACAUCGACCAGGAUUUCUUUGGCCUUACUCAACUGUAUCCGACGGUUGGAACCACUGUUCCUCUUGAUAUUGUCGCCGUCACCGGCCUCAAUGGCCAUGCCUUUGGCUCGUGGACGGGCGGGAAUGACAGGAUGUGGCUGCGAGACUUUCUCCGUGGGGAUGAAUAUCUGAAAGCUUGCAGAACCAUGAUCUUUGGGUACAAUGCCAAAUUGAAGGAGAAAGCCACCCACCUGACCAGGGAUUUUGUCCGGAGUUUCCUUGCAGAGCUAGAAAAGGCUAGAAAAUCUUCCGAGGAGCGGAAUCGACGGAUAGUCUUCUUGGGUCAUAGCUUCGGUGGGAUCCUCAUUGCUCAUACCUUGGUCAAAGCCAGAGAACUCUCCUAUCUAUCUGGAGGUAAGUGGGAAGGGUCACUGGUCAAGUCAACUUAUGCACUGCUUUUCUUUGGGGUGCCGCAUCGUGGUAUCACUCUUGAAGACGUUUCCAAAAUGGUCGAGGAUUCCGAGCCUCAUAGGGCACCGAUGGUGCAAGAGAUCAUUGAAUUGUCCAACAGCAUAACGCCCGGCAUGGAAAGCUUCAUUAACAUGACCAUGGACAAAAAGAUCGUUUCAUUUUAUGAAACACGAUUGACCAGAGCAGUCGCGAGGGAUGAGAAUGGCAGUUAUGGGCGGACCGGAGACUAUAUACAGGUAGUUGGAGAACCCUCUGCCAGAUUUUACCUGCCGGAACAGAUUGAAAAAGCAAUCCCUGUCGACGGUGAUCAUUCGACCAUUGUCAAAUUUACAAGUCCCGCCGACGACACAUACCAGACCGUCCGCAACCUAUUGAAGAGUUAUCUCGAGUCAGUUGGGAGCAAGAGCGGCACCUCUUUUGAACAUGCGAACAUCAGUCAUCCAUAUGACAGCCAACACGAAGUCGCCGACGGUCUUGUGAAAUACUUUGCUGGCACACCAGAUCCCGAGCACCAAGCUCUAAGGUUAGCUGCUGACCUAGGUCUGAUCGAUGAAGCGCGCUAUCUGUUAGACAUGGGAGCGGACCCGAAUUUUCAGGAUAGCAAGCGUCGAUCGUUGGGCACCCGAUCGCCCCGCACAGGCAUACCGUCUGCCGCUCAAUGGGGAAUUCCGUCCCAUGGAGAUAUAAUGGGGGCAGGAGAGACUGCAAUUUUCAGGGCAACGAUUCGUAACAACAAGGAGGUAGUUGAACUUCUGCUUCACUCGGGGGCAGACCCUAAUAUACCAGCCGAGACCGGAAAGACGCCUUUGCACGAAGCCUCCAGCCGUGGCCAUUUAGCACUGGUACAGCUGUUGUUGGAGCACGGAGCAGAUCCAAAUGCACGCGAUCCCAUGUGGCUAAGCACCCCACUUCACGAUGCGGCGAGAGCUGGUUCUGCCGCUGUGACACUGCUUCGACGAUACCAUGCCGAUCUCAACGCACAACUGAAUCCCAGUCUGGACACACCACUACAUCUUGCAGUCCGCAACGGUCACGAAGCGGUGGUCUACUUCCUGCUUGAGAAUAAGGCAAACCCUGUCUCCAAGAAUAGUAGUGGUCGCCGACCAGUACACGAUGCAGCAAGAGCCGGCCAUGUGGGCUUGGCAAGCUGGUUGCUGGAUUGGGAUCCCAAGCACGAGACAGAUCCACGCGAUAAGCGGGGGUGGACGCCUUUGCAUGAGGCUGCCCGCGGGGGUCAUGACGAUGUCGUGUGGUUGUUACUGAGACGAGGCGCCGAUCGAGAAGCCGCAUCGAAUAAUGGAAAACGAGCCGCCGACUUAGCGGUGGAAGGUGGAUAUUUGGGAACAAAAAGGCUCAUACUGGCAGAGUGGAGACAAGCGGACAUGUUCUCAACAUAG